AUGAUUUAUCCACGAAAUAUUUGUUCAUAUUUGAGAAAGUCUCCAUAUUGCUCUAGUAAACGUGCUUCAAUUCAGAGCAGCAAGAGGGGUUCUUCCUUCGACAUAGAUGCUGUAAUAAAGAACCAUGAAAAAUGGAUGGAAUGUAUGCAAUUAACACGAGCAAGAGAAUCAGAUUCCGAAGUUUAUCGGAUGAUUCUGCCGCCUCCAAAUGUUACUGGGAAUCUUCAUCUGGGCCACGCCUUGACUGUAACUGUGGAAGAUGCCAUGUGCCGAUAUCGACGUCUUCAGGGACAGCAAGUAAUAUGGUAUCCUGGGUUUGAUCAUGCGGGGAUCGCUACACAAGUAGUUGUUGAACGAGUGCUAUGGAAUGAAAAAAAAAUGCGAAGGUAUCAGAUCACACAACAUGAUUUCCUGGAAUUAUGUCGACAAUGGAAGAAUGAGCGUGUGGUUGAUAUUUCAAAGCAAUUGAAAGCUCUUGGUGCAACACUUGAUUGGCAUAAUACGUACUACACAUUAGACGAUAGAUUCUCUGAAGCAGUUACGAUUGCAUUUUGUCAAUUAUACAAUAAUGGUUUAAUAUUUAAUGAUAUGCGAAUGGUCAACUGGUGUCCGACUUUAAGGAGUACUAUUUCUGAGCAGGAGGUUGAUAUUGUAAAUGUCGGGAAAAAUGAUUAUUUCCUGCUGAAUAAAUCUGGUUUAAAAGGGAAGUAUGUUGAAGUAGGUGUUAUGCAUCGAAUUCGUUAUGAAUUUUUGGGUGGAAACAGCUUAUCCGGCAGUAAUUAUUUAGAAGUAGCAACAACAAGACCAGAAACAUUGUUUGCUGACUGCGCAUUAGCUGUUAAUCCGAGUGAUGAACGUUAUGCGAAGUAUAUUGGCUUGCGCGUUCGACAUCCUUUGCUUCCAGAUCGUACCUUACCUGUUUUAGCCGACUCAUUAGUGCAAGCUGAUAAGGGUACAGGAGUUUUAAAAAUAACACCGGCACAUGAUUUUACUGACUUUGCUAUCGCUAGAAAUCAUGCAGAUCAGCUAUCGGAUGAAGACUGCAGUCGAUUUUGUAUCGAUGAAUCUGGUUGUCUCAUAAAUGCAGCCGAUUUGAAUGGAAUAGAUCGAUUUGAAGCUAGGAAUAAAAUAUUAUCAAAAUUGAUAGAAUGUAAUAAAUAUGGUGGAACGUUGCCCUAUCAUGACCAACAACUGAAGAUAUGUAGUCGAACUGGUGAUAUUAUCGAACCAAUGGCUAAGAAGCAGUGGUUUAUGGAUUGCACCAGUAUGAAUGACAUGGCUCUUAAAGCUAUUGAGCGGGGUUUGCUUACUGUAACCCCGAGAUAUAUGCAGACACAUCUGGAAAAUUGGUUGAAUAAAAAAGAGCCCUGGUGCCUGAGUAGACAGCUUGAUUGGGGACAGCGUAUCCCAGCAUUUCGUCCCAAUUCCGAUAGCGAUUGGAUUGUGGCCCCAAAUGAGUCUGAAGCGUUACGUGUAAGUGGUAGAACAAAUACCAGAAUGAAUUUGGAGCAGGACAGAGAUGUCUUGGACACAUGGUUUUGUUCGUCACUUAUCCCAAUCAUUUUGUUUGGUUGGCCAAAAAAACGAAUUGAUCGCAUGCCAUUAUCUGUGUUGGAAACUGGAUAUGACAUUGUUGGAUUUUGGGUGGCGCGAAUGGUUACAGUUUGUCAUAGUUUAACUGGUUAUUUGCCCUUUCCAAAAGUUGUGUUACAUGGCUUAGUACGUGAUGAAAAUGGACGAAAAAUGAGUAAAUCGUUAGGAAAUGUAGUCGACCCAAUGGAUAUUGUUGAUGGUAUUUCUGUUCAGAAAAUACUGGGACGUCUUGACAAAAGUACUCUUACAGAGGAGGAAAAAAAAAUGGCAGCAAAUUCGCUGAAAUCUCGAUUCUCUGGAGGAAUUCCUCGAUGUGGUCCGGAUGCUUUGCGUUUCGCUUUACUCCGUCAUGAUGUUGGGGCUGUAGAUAUCAAUAUCGACAUUUUACAGACAGCUGAAGAAGGUUUAAAAUUUUGCAAUAAGCUGUGGAAUCUUUGCCUUUAUGCUGAAGAGAUAUGGCGAAACUGUUGUGAAGUUUCUGACCAAGUUUGCAGCGAUCGUCUUGAAGAUUGCUGGAUAAGAAGCCGUUUGGGAAGUUCUUUAAUGAUGAUGUCAGAAAAAAUGGAUUCGGAUUGUCCCCAUUUAGCACUGAGUGCACUACACAGAUUUCUCUACAAUGAUUUAUGUGAUGUUUAUAUCGAGACAACAAAGAAAGCAUUGUGGCUAAAAGACUACUCAAGAUUAAGUGUAGUUGCUGAAGUUUUGCAUGAUGUUAUUGAAAAAUCGCUGUUUCAUCUCUCAAUUUUCAUGCCUUUUGUGAGCCAGUAUCUUUUUGACCGCAUCAAACGAGAAAAAGAAAGCAAUACUUUUGUAUUUAAUCCAAAGAUGGAUUUCAAGUCUUAUUUGAUUGAUAAAAAACUCGAGGAUGAUAUGUCGUUUGUGCUGGAGGUAAUUAAAGCUAUAAGGUCUAUCCGGGCACAGUUUCAGAUUCCUGCAAAAAAUACCUUGCAAGUUGCUUGCUACGGAGGAAACUGUGAUCUGAAGAAUUUCCAUUCCAUUAUUCAAGAACUUUGUAACGUCGAAUUCUCUUUGGCAGUUACAGAACAAAACAGUAAUUGCAGUUUGCCUUUUCCUGUACACGGAUAUUCAGCCGAAGUCCAUGUUACUAUUGUGGGCGAUUAUGGUUCUUUAGUCAAAAAAGAAUUGUUGAAACGAUUGCAGAAAGCAGAAAAAAGGAAAGGACAAUUUUUACAUCGAAUUGACAAACAUGAAAAAUUAGCUAGAAGUGCAACCAGAGAUGAUCUAGUGGAAAGACAUCGGCGAAAAAUUUUUCAGGCAAAUGCAGUGGUGAAUGGUAUGAUCGAAGAAAUCUCAAAAUUAGGAGCUUUAAUCAAAAGAUUAGAAACAUUUUGA